AACCUUGCUACAGGAUUUGAAAGAACAGUCGUCGUUUCAAAUGCAUCAUCGAUUCGUUUCCGAUUUCCCAUUACAAAUCAGGUGCGUCAAGUGGGUCCAAUUACAAGAAACUCAUUAAGGCAGUUGAUGAAUGACCAAGCCAUUCGUAACUCUACUACUAACCCCAACAUUAACUCAACACUUCUUCUAAAUAGUAACAAACCUGUAAAGCUAGUGCGUGUUGUUACACCAGGGAACACAUUGAGGUUAGGAAAAACGCCCAACAUUCGACUAACUCAAAUUAGAGUAACAAACCCCAACGUGCAGCUCAAGCAACCACAACAAAAUAAGUCAUAUGCUUCUGCUGGACCAAUUGUUCUUUUCCGAGGGGAAAGUCGUGGCGAUCAUCGCCCAAUCGUGGACAUAGAUGCCCCAGAAGGAAUAGUAAAUAAUUUAGAUAGCGAUACUGACAAGACCCAUGUGAAUGAAAGUGGUCCUUCUACAUCAAACAGCAGCGAGUCGUUGAAGGGCAAGACAAAGACACGAAACAGAUGGACAGAACCAGCUACGAAGAAAAUGUUGGAAGUUUACGAGGCUUUAAAAAAACCGGAUCUGUCGAAACCUCACAAAAGGAUGGCCUUGUGGACUGCGAUUGCGGAACAAUUGGCCGACGAAGGUUUUUCGUUUUCUGCAGCUCAAUGUAUGGACAAAUUCAGUAAACUUCAAGGGCAAUAUCGCUCUCGUUUGGAUUUUAAGGGGAAAAACAUCAUGCUACUUUGCAGCGAAUUGAAGGACACAAAGCUGAAAACAGCAGUGCUUUCGUCCGGGAAACUGGGACCAAACAAAAAGAAGAGGCUGAUUAUCCAACCUCUGAUUGCGAUGUAAACUUACACUUCAUUCAUUUAUUGCAGGAAGAAGACGAGUGUUGGUUAUCGAACUCAAAGAGACGGAAGACGCAGGUUCCAAAGAAAAAUGCUGAUUUUUUGAAAGAACUUAUUGAGAGGGAGAAGGAAGAAGCUGAAGAAAGAAGAAAUAGGUAUGAAGAACAAAAGAUAAGGGAUGAUGCUGAUGCAGAACAUAAGAAGACAAUUGCUGAACAAAGUUCAAAGAGAAGUGAGCUUCAAAAGUCCUGAACCGAAGCCUUGCGCUUACUUUCCGCUGCCCUUGUUCAGCACUUGACUCAACAGAAACCUACUUAAUUUUUCAAUAUGAAUCAUUUCUAUUUAAUUCCAAGUCACGCUGCCAAUAGAAAUCAAAGUAGAGGAAAUCCUGCAGUACAGACCUUUUCUUUCACCCUUUUCAAACAAGAGACCAUCAAUUAAGUUAUUUUAUUUAUUUCAUUUGGCAUUGUGAUAUCGUAAGAAGUCAAAUACACUCUUUGUUUAUUUAUUCAGACAGCCACGAAAUAACCUGCA